UUGCAUUGCUUGAGCAAAUUGUGGACAGAAAAAGCCUUAGGCCUUUUAUUCCAAAGACAAAACAUGGUUUUUUCACCUUUGAACCGUAAAUCCUAUCUCCAUUCUUGCUCAAACAGCCUGCCUUCUAGCCCUUAUCUACUUAUUCCUCAGAUAGAUGAGCAUCUUGCUAGGCUAAUAAGUUCUAGUGAAGCCACCACUUCUUCAUCUUCACAAAUAAGCAAAAACCUAAGUGGCCUCAGAGAUGUGUAUGAGUUGGUUAAUUCUUUGCUUCAAUUGCCUCAUGUAGAACAAGCCUUGUCCCAUCAAUGCCAAGAUGAUGAGGUGCUUGGGGGGUCUCUCAGGCUCUUGGAUGCAUGUGGCAUGGCUAAGGAUGCCUUGUUGCAAGCCAAGGCAAACACACAAGAACUUCAAUCAACCCUAAGAAGAAGAUGGGGCAAUGAGGUCAAGUUUAUACACGAGGUUAAGGAAUACUUAGCCUCAAGGAAGGAUGCAAAGAAGUCCAUAAACAAGUUUAUGAGAAACUUCAUAAACUUGUAGAGUAAUUGUGGCUUGACUCACUUGGAAAGUGAUACUGAAGCCACACUUAGGAUGUUGAGAGAGGUAGAGAGAGUUACUCUCUUAGUCCUUGAAUCUCUUCUAUCAUAUAUCUCUGGACCAAAAAUGCAGCCAAAGUCUUUGAUAUCAAAGUUGCUUCACACCAUGCUCAUUGCCUGUGAGGAAGAAGCAUCAUCAAUAAUGAAUUUGCAAAGGU